UUCAUACAUUAUUGCCCUAUUUAUCAGCUUUUCUUCUCAUCUUUUUCUUUGAAUUUGUCUUGUUUUACAGGUGGAAAUACUCAGAGUUGAUUGAGCAUCAAGUGUAGAUAUUGUAAAGUAAUCUACUUUUUCUAAGCAGAAUUACUUGGAAAGAAAGGCAUCCCUUGAUAUUCUUUUUUUUCUUCUUGGGAUUUUGAACAAGCAAACAAUGGAGAAGAUUCUUAGACCGUACGAUAAGGAGUUUAUGAGGAUUGCGAUCUUAAAACAUGAAGAAACAUUCAAACAACAGGUUUAUGAGCUUCAUCGUCUAUAUAGAAUCCAGAAGACAUUGAUGAAAAGCAUGGAAACUAGUACACCCAUCAAUGGAAGAUAUAUUCAUAAUCAGAGUUCAAGAACCAGACUUGACUUGGAACAUCCAGCGGGUGACGAUGACGAUGAUGAAAUCAUAGAUGAAAUUGAGAUUGAAUUGACUUUAGGACCCACAAAGUACGUGUCGAGGAAGAAACAUGGUACUCCCACUUUAACCUCGGAUUCUGGACCCAACAGCUUAUCUUCAUCUUCGACCGAGUCCUGCCAUAUGAUCAACAACAGCAGGCCGAGUAGUUCCAUGGCGACAACCAAACGGAAGGCAAACACAGCAAGAGAGGAAUUCAUUGGUCGUGAGCUGAGACUCCUCCAGGUUACCGACACGACAUUGGGGUAUCAAAAUGGAAGUAAAAACAACGUUGAUCUCGAACAACAACUCAGACAAGACAGAUUAAAUCAGCCCCCUUGGCUUUUCCAAGUUCUAAGUAUGAAUAUUACUUGAAAAAAAAACAAAUGAAAAUCUACUAGGUCCAUAUGAUUAGAUUUUAGAUUGAUGUCUGUGAGGAAGGGUAAGGUUAGUCUGUCUGGUAUUUUUCUUUUCUAAAGUAAAAAUGGGUGAUGGAGUCUUUAUGUAAA